AGCCCAGUUUGUAGCCCAAUCAACGUGUCAAUCUGUUGCAUAAAGCAAUGGCGUCUAGUGAUUAAAAUCAGGUGCUGGCAAUUACCUUCAAUCAAGAAGUAGGGCGCACGCUAUAAAACACGCUUACACGCUUUAAUUUCCUUAUCACAGUAACUGAGUUUAGAAAAAAUGUCCGGUCGUGGGAAGAAAGUUGCUGCUGUUACAGCCAAGACAUCCAUAUCCCGCUCCUCCCGAGCUGGUCUACAAUUCCCUGUCGGUCGAAUCGCUCGCUUGCUGCGUAAAGGCAACUAUGCACCGCGUAUUGGAAGCGGGGCAUCAAUCUACCUGGCUGCUGUCAUCGAGUACCUGUGUGCGGAGGUGUUGGAGUUGGCUGGGAACGCCUGCAAGGAUAACCGAAAAAAGCGUAUCGGCCCACGUCACAUCCAGCUUGCUGUUAGGAAUGACGAGGAGCUCAACACCCUUCUUGGUGGGGUGACCAUCUCGGAGAGCGGUGUCCUUCCAAAUAUUCACGCUCAGCUGCUCCCCAAGAGGACCAUGAGGGAUGACGCAAGCAAAGAUGUUAAUUCCCAAGAAUUUUAACUUAUUUUUAUAAAUUGUAUGUUUAUGCACUUGUUGUCUUUAAUAAAAAACGUUAUUAUAUACUUCUGUGGCUGAAUAUUAGGCGUAAUAUUUGUGCCUGGGUGUCUAUCCUAGUAUGGGGGAAGAAUCUAGUGCCCCCCAACUCUGCUGAAUCACCGGGUAGUAAUUUAGAUGGAUUUUCUGUAACCACUAAAGAUCCACUGUGUAGGUUUGGUGGCAUCAAUUAGCAGAAGUGGAAUAUAGUACUUAUCGUUGUGUUUUCGUUAGUGUAUCAUUGUGUUUCCGUUAUCUUAGAAUGAGCCCUUCGUAUCUACUUAGGAAACGGGUCGUCUGCCAUGAUGAGCAGACAAGCCAAAACCCUGACUCGGGAUGGGCCUUUUCGUGUUAUGGCGUUUGACGGCCACCAUAGGUACUGGCAUACAUUUGUUAAUGGAAGAAUGUUCAGCUGGUUGCAAUUCAGCAAACUUGCCACCAAAAUCUCCUAGUUUCCUGCAAGGCCUCUUGCACUCUACACGUAUAAUGUAACGACCAUACCUAGUUGUAUGACGUCUUCCUCAAUGUCUGUUCACUGGGAAUGUAAUUUGGCAGACUUGUUUAACAGUAGUUUUACACUGCAUUGGUGACAUUGCAGCAAUUAAACAUGAACCAGUUGUGUGCAAGUGCAGUGUGGAUUAUAUAUUCUCUGAGGUGGCAUCUCAAUGUUAACUUUUGUACUGAUAAGCCUGCUUGUUGGGUAUAUAUUACCAUUUUAAAGUCUGUAAUGACUAACUAGAGUUCUGUGAGGUCGGCAGUUCUUGCCAAUCAAAGCGAUGGCGGAUCCUCCCAUCUUUUGGAAUCUGUGGAAGAUCACCUUAAAUGAUGCAAGAGGGGUUGUUGAAGCUGAUUAGGUAAUGCCAUUCUUUGUCCUAGGUCCAUAUUAAAUUUGUCGCGUUCGGAACAACAAAUACCUGACGAUAUUAGGUUGACCGUGGUAGGAUCUAGACUCUUAAGGGUUAAAGAGGACCUGUUAUCCUAAUCAAGUGUGAAUUAUUUAGAAUUUCUGCUUUUCAGUGAGUUUCUCCAACAAUGUAGAUUUUGAAUGAUGAACUGACAGAAUGUUCUUCUCGUAACUGGUGUGGAGUCUGGGGAACACAAAUAGUUUUGUUUAUUUUAUCAAUGAAUUGUUUCCUUAUGACAUCUCUUUUUAAUUAUGCUAUACUUUACUGUGACGAUGUAGUCCAACUCUUAUCCCUCAGUCUUUUUUACUGAUGGACGACAGUGUACUUGACAGAGCUCUGAACUCUUAACUUCAUUAAUAGGGGGCUUACAAUAAAUCCCCGGGUUAGGAGAAAUGCCUAAAACUAAAAGAACAACCUAAGGGGGGAAAGCUCUAUCUAUCUGAACCAGUCAGUCCUCUCCACUUGUUCCCUCCCUUUGUACCCCACCCCACCCCCUCCUAAAUAACCAACCAACUAGGGCACUUCUCCCCCAAGUAACCUAAGUGAAUUGUAUAAGGCUAAUGCAUGUUAGGGUGCAUGUGUACAGUCAUGGACUGAAAUCAAUCGCUUCCUGUAACCAUGAAUGAGUGUCUUACAACUCUCUACUAGAAAUUAUGAACCACUCUUCUUUUCCCAACUGCUCCAGGUCUCUCACAUUUGAAGGGUGCCUUCUCCCAACUGCUGUUUUGAGAUCAUGCCACAGGUGUGCUAUGGGAUUAAGAUCUGGACUCAUCUCGGCCACUUCAGAACUCUCCAGUGCUUUGUCUUAACCAUUUCUAGGUGCUUUUUGAAGUGUGCUAUGGGUCAUUGUCCUGCUGGAAGACCCAUGUCCUCUGACGGAGACCAAGCUUUCUGACACUGGGCCCUACAUUGCGCCCAAAAAUGAUUUCCUGAUGCCAUGCACACAGUCAAGGCAUCGGGUUCCAGAAGCAGCAAAGCAACUCCAAAACAUCGGUCCACCUCCACCAUGUUUGACUGUAGAGACCGUGUUCUUUUCUCUGAAGGCCUCAUUUUGUUUUCUGUAAACUGCUUUACCAAAAACUCUAUUUUGGUCUCAUCUGUCCACAAUGAUUUUGGCUUCCCCAGGAAAGUUUUGGCAAACUCCAGUCUGGCUUCUUUAUGUCUCUGUGUCAGCAGUGGGGACCUCCUGGGUCUGGGUUCCAAUGUAAACAAUAUAAAUCAACAUGUGAAUACCAAAGCAUGUGUAAUUGCAGCAAUUUUCUGGGAGAAGUGGUACAACUCACCACAACAGGGCACUUUUUGUGCGUU